AUGCUGUGCUCUCAUGGAUUCCAGUCUGCCCUCAGUCCAUCCGUGGACUUCUACUGGCCUGUAUGCAGUCUGUGGCCAGAGGUCAAACCUCUGCUCUACCAACAGGAUCUACUGCAGAGAAACCUACAGGAGGUGCACAGCAGUCUAGAGUUGAUGGACAAACUUCAACACAAGAUCCUGGAGGGAACAGAGCCUUUCCAAACCAGUGGGGCCAAGCAACCAGUCUCCUACCAGCUGGAGAAAGAGGGAGAUCAGUUUAAACUGACCCUGGACACUCAAGGCUUUUCCCCAGAAGAGCUGUCUGUCAGGCAGGUGGGAAACAAGCUGAGAGCCAGUGGGAAGACAGAGAAAAAGCAAGAGGAUGAAGGCUCCUACUCUUACAGAUGUCAGGAGGUCAGACAUGAGUUUGAUCUGCCUGAAGGACUGAACUGUGAAUCCGUCACCUGCUACCUGGCUCCAGAUGGGAAGCUCCACAUCCAGGCAGCUAAAGCUCUGAGUGUUGAGGAGGCUGAAAGAGAGCUGCCUAUCAAGAGGAGCUUGGAGGAGAAAAAACAGCAGAGUCUGAGUUCACAGACAUAG